GUAUAGCAAUAGCAAGCAAAAAGUAUUGAAUAAAGAAUCUCCAUUUCCAUUGCGUUACGUUACGUUAGUUACGGAAUACGGACACAAGAGUUUGUGUACUAAAAUUUGUCCGACAGCAAUCAAUAUCUCGGAAAUAAUUAAAUGCAAUUUAAAGUGCAUUGGUUACGUGUUCGUUAUCAAGUUUUGUGUUGUGAAUCGUUUGCGUGUGAUCAUCCUAAUGGUAUCUAAAAAUUUGUGGACAUUUGUUUUUAUUAUCGCAAGAUAAUAAAGAUUUUAGGAGCCAUUUACACAUGGCGAGAAGUCACGUAGACUUUGUUUGGUGAAAUGUGGAGUGUACUGCGACGCGACAAAUAGCGAAAUAAACUAUCAAAUUCUAGCAAACAAGGAAAAUAUAUAAGAUGGAUAGCAAAAUUAUACAAAAGAAUGCCAUGCAGAAAACAGCCGAGUUUACUUUCACGGCGCCGCCUGAGGCACCCGUGUUUGAACCCACAGCUGAAGAGUUUAUGGAUCCACUGGGCUAUAUCGCCAAAAUUCGGCCCGUGGCGGAAAAGACCGGAAUAUGCAAAAUAAAGCCCCCAGCACGAUGGCAACCACCAUUUUCAUUGGAUGUAGACAAAUUGAAAUUCGUCCCACGGAUUCAGAAAGUUAACGAGUUGGAAGCCAUUACGCGAUUGAAACUUUUGUUUCUUGAAAAAAUUUUGAAAUUCUGGGAUCUUCAAGGCUCUCCACUCAAAAUACCAAUGAUAGAAAACAAAACCUUGGAUUUGUAUUGCCUUAAAUUCUGGGUUGAUGAAGAGGGAGGCUUUGAAAAUUGCAAUACUCCGAAAAAGUGGCGUAAGAUAGCGCAUUCUAUGGGAUACAGUCAAAACGCAAACACAAUGAAUUUUCUCAGAAAUAAUUAUGAGAAAAUUCUCUUGCCCUACGAUAUUUUUGAAAAGAGCAAAGCUGAUAUAUUAAAGACUGUUAAAAAAACCGAAAUAAAAGAAGAAAAUGAUGCAAACAAAUCUCACACAUUUCGAGAAAUAUCUCUGGAAUCAAUAAAAAAAAUUAAAGAUGGAGAAGAGGAUGAGAAACCUCAUACCAGUAUUAAAAAGAUGAAGACAGGGUCAGAUAUAAAAUCAGAUGUGGACACUUCAGUAACUAAAAUUGAGACUAAACCAGAGAGUGAAGAAAUAAAGUGUAAUAGAGAACUCAGAAGACUGGCUUGCUAUGGUCCAGGUCCUAAAAUGCCUGGAUUGAAUGAUGAGGAAUUUGAUAUAACCAAGUCAAGAAAAAGACCUAGAUAUGAGAUGGACCCUCUAGCUAUUUACACUUGUGCUAUUUGCCAAAAAGACCAUAGAGAUGAUCUGCUUUUGAUUUGUAAUGGUUGUUCAGAUACUUAUCACACCUUCUGUUUGAAACCCCCUCUUAACUCAGUACCAGAAGGAGAUUGGCGUUGUCCCUGUUGCAUAGCAGAAGAAGUCCACAAACCUGCUGAAGCCUUUGGAUUUGCUCAAGCUGAAAGAGAAUAUACUCUGCAGCAGUUUGGAGAAAUGGCAGACAAAUUUAAAUCAGAUUAUUUUGGAAUGUCAGGACAUCUUGUGCCAACCACUGUGGCUGAGAAAGAGUUUUGGCGGAUUAUUUCAUCAGUGGAAGAAGAUGUAACAGUGGAAUAUGGUGCAGAUUUGCAUUCCAUGGAUCAUGGCUCUGGAUUUCCAACAAAGUCUUCCUUAAAUCUUUAUCCAGGAGACCAAGAGUAUGUGGAUUCUGGAUGGAAUUUGAACAAUCUUCCAGUGUUAAAUGGCUCUGUGUUGAGAUUCAUCAAUGCUGACAUAUCUGGCAUGACAGUCCCAUGGAUGUAUGUUGGCAUGUGUUUUUCUGCUUUCUGCUGGCAUAAUGAAGACCACUGGAGCUACUCUAUCAACUAUCUGCAUUGGGGAGAAGCUAAAACCUGGUAUGGAGUGCCAGGAAGUGGAGCAGAGCUUUUAGAGAAAGCUAUGAAGGCAGCAGCUCCUGAUCUCUUCCAAUCUCAGCCAGAUCUACUCCAUCAACUAGUUACAAUAAUGAACCCAAACAUUCUAAUGGCUGCAGGGGUGCCCAUCUACAGGACUGAUCAGCAAGCAGGAGAGUUUGUUGUCACUUUUCCCAGAGCCUACCAUGCAGGUUUCAAUCAAGGUUACAACUUUGCAGAAGCUGUUAACUUUGCUCCACCAGACUGGCUUAAAAUUGGAAGGGAGUGUAUAACACAUUAUAAGAACCUGAAAAGAUUCUGUGUCUUUUCACAUGAUGAGUUGAUUUGCAAAAUGGCACUUGAAGGUGAUCGCUUGGACUUAGAAACUGCCUUAGAGACACAAAAGGAGCUUGUCCAAGCUGCCCGUGAUGAAGGACAUUUACGAGCGUUGAUGGCAACCAAAGGUCUGAAGAAUGUCUGCAGAACUGCAUUUGAACUUUUAGGUGAUGAUGAGCGAUUAUGUGAAGUUUGUAAAACAACAUGUUUCUUGUCCUCGGUGUAUUGUGCAGAUUGUAAAUUCAUGGCAUGCCUGUCCCAUGCAGAAAAGGCAUGCAAGUGUCCAUUAGAGAAAGAAAACAUUAAAUUACCGAUAUGACAUGGAUGAGCUUCAUAUAAUGUUGCAAACUAUUGACUUUAGAGUCAAUAGUUUUGACAAAUGGAUGACUGAAACAAAAAACAUUUUGCUUCCAACUGCACCUGACAUUGGACGACUUCAAAAGUU